UCCCCAACGACUUCGACUUUGAUAUUUCAUCGUCGUCGCGCAUCCAUCGACAAGCGCAUCGAAUUCUCCCUGCACCCCCGUCGCGCCCGCGCCUCACUUAUUCCUCCCGCCGGAGUCUGUGCAUACCGUAUCCAUCGAGGAUCCCCACUCAAAAAGACGAGGCAGCCCAUCGCGCUUUUCCUCCACCCUCCAUACCUCCACAACACACACACCGCUCUCUUUCGCCAUGGCCGAAGUCAGCAACACCAGGCUCUACCUGGGCAACUUGCCAAGAAACGCUACCAAGGCCGACGUUGAGAACCACUUCAACACCCAUGGCACCGGCGAAAUCACCGAGAUCAAGCUCAUGAAUGGCUUCGGCUUCAUCGAGUACAAGGAUGCCAUGGACGCACGUGAUGUCGUUCCAGCCUUCCACGGUUCCGAGUUCAUGGGUGAACGCCUCGUUGUCCAAUUCGCACGCGGUAGCAACCGUCCGAGGGAUGGCUUCGAGCAACAGCCACGACAGGCUCCUCGUCCUCGUCGUACUGUCCACCGGAUGACCAUUACCGGCCUCCCAUUCGAGACCAGCUGGCAGGAUCUCAAGGACUUUGCCCGACAGUCUGGCUUGGAUGUCGUCUACAGCGAAGUCGGCCGUGAGCGCGAUUCGUCUGGAACUGGAAAGGGUUCCUUUGUAGAGUACGAGACUGCGGCCGACUUGGCCGCUGCGGUUGAGAAGCUCGAUAACAACGAGUUCAAGGGCGCUACCGUGCGCUGCAUCUCCGACCCUCAAUCCGAGAUUCCGCGCCCACGUGAGCGCUACCGUUCUCGCUCUCCCGGCUACCGCGGUGGCGGUCGCGGAGGAUACGGUGGACCACCAGGCGACGACUACUACGACCGUCGCGGCCCACCUCGCGGUUACAGCCCUCGCCGCGACGACUACCGCCGGCGCACUCCACCACCGCGUGGCGGCUACUACGACGACCGCGAUGAUCGCUACGGACCACCACCACCACGUGGUGGUCGCCCGCCGGUCGACGACUACCCACCAGCUCGUGGCGGCUACCCAGCUGAUGAUCGCUACGGCGGCCCACCUCCACCCCGUCGUGGAGGGUAUGACGCUGAGCCAUACGCCAACGGACACGGUGGACGUGAGCCGUACGGAGGUCGUCCACGCUCUCCUCCGAGAGAAGGCGGCAGGGGCUACGAUCGCGGCUACGAUGCGCCGCCGCCGCGUGGACCUUACUGGUGA